AUGUCAGAGGAAUAUCCUCGACCAGGCGUCCUCAAGCGAGUAAAGACGGCAAUGCUUAACCCCGUUGAUCGCGAGGAGCAGGGCCGUCGUCCAAUUAUGACGAUGCAUGAUCUUCAGAACCCAGAGAACGAGGAGGCAGCGGGAUCCGCCAUCCGACCACAGCUUCUACGUCGUAUGACGGUAGCUACCACACAACCCAACACCCUCAUCCCACCAUCCGACAAACUCCUCGCCUUCCGCGCCCUCACCGGUAUUGAUAGUGUGCCAGCCUUGACGAUCCCGCAUCACAACCAGCGCACCGUACCCAACAUCGGAAUCUACACACGCGUCGUGCGCGCCGAGCAAGCCACCGCGCAGCGGUAUCGCUUCUUCAGCAUCCUUGUCAACACCUGUCUCGGCAUCCAAAUUGUGGUCGCGGCAUCCCUGACAGCACUCGGGGCUGCGAGUGGGCCGCAUUCGGCUGUGACAGCGUUCGGCGCCAUCAACACCAUCAUGGCAGGUAUCCUGACCUACCUGAAGGGAUCCGGGCUGCCGGACCGGCUCAAGCGCUACCAGAACGAAUGGCGCAAUAUCCGGGAGUAUGUUGAGCAACGGGAGCGGGAGUUCUGUCUGGACGGCUGCGAGCUGGACGUCCAGGAGGAGGUUUCCAUCAUCGAGGGGAUGUAUGAGGGAGUCAAGCGCGAGAUCGAGGCGACCAAGAGUGGGGAGAAUCGACUGAUGGCGGCUCCAGGGCAGAGUCGGCGGUCAUUUCUUCCGCAGGGCCAGGCUCGAGGGUCGGAACGUCCUAGGCACCCUGAUGCAGCCGGUCCGAUAUCUAUGCCGGAGCCGGUUUUCGAGAGACAUUGA